GGUUCUGAACUUUGUUGAGACUCCUCAGUGAUCCGGACGUGAAGCGGUGAUUCUCCUCAGGACCAUGUUGUUCGGGAGCAGCCCGGACUCGGGUCGCUCCUCCGCCCGGAGCCUCGUGCUCCUGUUGGCGUGUUUGAGCCGGAGCCUGUGGGUGUGCGCGGCCGGAGGAGUCGCUCCUCGGAGGUGUCUCCUGUGGGGACCGGGGCUGGAGCCCGGCACCGUCCUGCCGGUGAGACACUUCUUCAUCCAGGCGGUCAGCUCCGAGGGCCGGAACCUCAGCGAGUCUCCAGGUCCAGACACGUUUAAAGUGAAGAUCAGCUCCCUGGACAGGAAGGAGCACAUCCGGAUCCACGUCCCCCCGCCCCUGGACCGGGGGGACGGCUCCUUCCUGGUGAGGUACCGGCUCUACGGCUCGGCCAUGGGCGGCCUGAAGGUCGAUGUCCUCCACCAGGACGAGGCCGUGGGGGAGUCACCGUACAUCAUGCAAGGUCCGGUCUACCACGAGUACUGUGACUGUCCCGAGCCCGAUGCCUCCGUGUGGCAGAGCGCCAUGAGGUGUCCCUCAGAAGAGCCUCAGAUCCUGGCCGACUUCAAACUCUUCCCCGCCAUCGACCUGCAGCACCUCCGACAGGAAGUGCCCGACAGGUUCUCCAACAGAGGAGGACUCAUCCACUACGCCAUCAUCGACCAGCGGCUGUACCGCCGCACGCUGGGGAAAUACACCGACUUCAAGAUGUUCUCUGAUGAGAUCCUGCUCUCCCUGAUGAGGAAGGUGUGGUUACCUGACGUGGAGUUCUUCAUCAACGUGGGCGACUGGCCGCUGGAGACUGGGAGGUCGGACCCGGUCCCCGUCCUGUCCUGGUGCGGCUCCACGGACACACGGGACAUCGUCCUCCCCACGUACGAGGUCACACACUCCACCCUGGAGGCCAUAAGAGGCGUCACCAACGACCUGCUGUCGGUCCAGGGAAACACAGGGCCUCCGUGGGUGAAUAAGACCGAGCGGGCGUUUUUCCGAGGCCGGGACAGUCGUGAGGAACGUCUUCAGCUCGUCCACUUGUCCAUGAACAACCCCGAGCUGCUGGACGCCGGCAUCACAGGAUGGUUCUUCUUCAGGGACCGAGAGAAACAUGUCGGCAAAACACCGCUCGUUGGGUUCUUCGACUUCUUUAAGUUCAAGUACCAGGUGAACGUGGACGGAACCGUGGCCGCCUAUCGUUUUCCGUACCUGAUGCUCGGGAACAGCCUGGUGCUGAAGCAGGAUUCCCAGUAUUACGAACAUUUCUACAGCCAUUUGAAAGCCGGCGUCCACUACCUCCCGGUGAAGAGAGACCUGUCGGACGUGCUGGAGAAAAUCAAAUGGGCCAAAGAGAACGACGCUGAGGCGCAGGAGAUCUCCAGGGCGGGUCAGGCGGCGGCCCGGGAGCUGCUGCAGCCCAGCAGACUGUACUGCUACUACUACCGAGUCCUGCUCACGUACUCUGAGCGGCUGACGGGUCGGCCCACGAGACACGCCGACAUGGAGCUGGUGACCGAGACCGACGACCGCACCGCCGUCUGCACCUGUGAGCGUAAAUACCACGAAGAAGAAACAAGCCACAAAGAUGAACUAUGAUGGAGGCUCGCUUCAGGCUUUGAUCUUUUUCUUUUCUGAAUCAUUCCUGAUAAAUAAAGAGUGAAAAUGUGAAUUUCACAGUUUACAAGUAAAGGGAUCACAAAUGUAGCUUUUAUUUUGGAGAGUAUAGGAAGUUGUAGGACAGUUUUAUAUUAAAAACUUUGGUCCUCUGUCAUUUUAAAUAAAGUGGCUGAGGACUAAAUUAUGAUGCCCUGUUUGUUUUUGUAAUAAUAAUUGUUUUGUAGCUUUUGAAAAACUGAUGACUAAUGUGAGACAGUGAAUUCUGUAAAUGUGCCUUUGAUCUGGAUAUUUUUUUAUACAACGUUAUCCUGAAACAGAUGUCUUGAAUUAAAUCUUAUAGAUUAUGAAUCAUCAUUCUGAGACGCCUCAGGCUGUAGACAGGUUACUGACGGACUCAGUCUUAUGAUGAGCCACACUGCUUAUACAGCUAAACAGGUUUUAUACUUAGAGUCGCCACACAAUGUUUUUAAUAGUUUGUUUUUUAUGUAUAAUUGUGGUGAACUGUCUGAAUCAUGUCCUCGGCUCCGGGAUCAUCUCUCUGGUUUUCUGCUUCAUUUGUAUUUCACACUCUGAACGUCUGCGUCUUUCUGUUGCUCAACAAAACAUGAAGUUCACACUACAAAAUUAUUCUUUAACGUUUUUAUAUUUCAUUGUUUCCACUGUUCUUUUCGUCUCAUGCCUUGAACGUCUUUAUUUUGCUUAAAAAGUGUCUUUGAGUGUCUUUAUUUGUGCUUUUAAAUAAUAAUGUUUAGUAAUAAUUAUUAUAAAAGCAAAGCCUUGUUUAACAUGUGAAUUAUGUUUGAAAAAUAAAACAUAUUUUUUGAAGAG